CUGGUGACGCUGCUGCUGCCCGGGACGGGCUGUACAAGAUGAGCCGCCUGUACGGCCCCGAUGGCUUCUUCCUCCGCGUCCACCUGCUGGCCCUGGACGCCGCCGCCUGCGGCCGCCCGUGCCCGGAGCUGAAACCCGGCAGCAGGUACAUCGUGAUGGGGCACAUCUACCAUAAGAGACGGCAGCUCCCGACCUCUCUACUCCAGGUCCUGAGAGGCCGCCUUCGACCGGGAGAUGGACUGCUGAGGAGCAGCAGCAGCUACGUGAAGAGAUUUAACAGAAAAAGGGAUGGGCAAGUUCAAAGUGCAGUUCACACCCAAUGCAUUUGACACCUGCCGUCCUGGCAUUUUUGGAUCAUCGGAGACUUGGAAUUCAGCUACAAAAAAGGAAGGUCUAUUAUGGCGUAAUGGGGUUUCCCGUUAGAAUAGGGCACACAGCGCCUUUGUGAACUCAUUGCAUAGUUAGUGCCAUCUCUAACCUUGACGUCACCUUCUUCCUUACCAAAUGGUUCUUAAAUCGUGUGCUUCUGAGCUCUGGCGGUGCCUUAUGCACAUGGUUCAGAUAACUGACCUGUCCAGUUAACAGAUCACUGCUUCAUGUUGUUUAUUUUUAAUUAUUUUAAUUUAAAUACAUUCUUCAGUAGAAAUAGUUCACAAAACAUUUCCUUGAUUUAAAAUAUACAACUUUGAAUAGUCUAUAUCACGUAUCAAACCAAAUUUAUACUCAAAGCAUCACAUUUAAAAUUCUGUACAUAUUGUUAAGUACACUAGGCAAAGACAUGUAUGAAAUGUCAUUUAGAGCAAACACUAGGGUCAGUGCCCAAGACAAGUAUUAAAGUUUUACACUUAAUGGACUUCAUUCAAGCAAAAUAUUCAAACAGGUGUUCCUGCUGCACCAAAAUGUAAGAUAGUAUUUCUUCUUGCUUUCCUGUCCUAAAAACUUACUUUUUUUUUUUUUUGGUGUGUGUGCGCUGAACUGGAAGCUGUCCCAAUGCUGAACAUUUUCUGGGUGUAUCUGAUGUCAUCUUUCUAUUAAGACCAAGUAUCAUGUUUGUGUUUGUAAAGAAGUAAAUCAUGACUUGAAAUCAGAAAAAAAAAAUAUAAUAAU